AUGUCGGGUAUUGCCUUGCCCUCCUCAAAGGAAAUGAUGACUGACAAUAUGGCAGGAGGGCUCGGGAAACCUUACUGGGAUGAGGGAUUCAGUGCUGUUCUUGCUGUCUGUCUCACCUUUACACUGGGGAUCACCAUUGCUCUUGUUUUGCACAUAUGUAUUGGACCACCACAGGUUUACCACAGUGGUGUGGUAGUCACAGACAGCAAGAUUUGCACAUUGUUGGGGCGUAAGGUGUUGGAGGAUCAAGGCUCAAGCAUAGAUAGUGCAAUUGCAGCUGUCCUGUGUUCAGGCAUAGUUCACCCCCAUAGAUCUGGCCUGGGAGGAGGUGGCAUGAUCUUGGUCCAUGAUGUGCAAAAAAAUCAAAGCAGGAUUGUUGAUUUUCGAGAAACAGCACCCUCUGCACUCACUGCUGAGAUGUUGCAGCAGGAUCUGCACUUAAAGCCAGGCCUGCUAGUGGCUGUACCUGGCAUGCUUAGCGGGUUACACCAAGCCCAUGAACUAUAUGGAAGAUUGCAGUGGAAGAAUGUGGUCUCCAGGGCUGCUGCAGUUGCGAGAGAGGGAUUUAGGGUUUCUCAUAGUCUGUCAGAGGCUUUGUCCACAGUGAGAGAUCAGUAUGUAUCAGAACACUUUAGGAAUGUGCUCUUGCCAGAUGGACAGGCCGUCCUGCCUGGUAUUGUUCUGAGACAGCAUGCUCUCGCCACUCUUUUGGACAGGGUUGCAGAGUAUGGGGUGUCAGAAUUCUACCAUGGGCAUAUCUCACAGGAUAUAGCAUCUGAGAUACAAGCUAGAGGUGGAGUUCUUACUGAGCAAGAUCUGAACAACUACACUGCUAUAAUCAGGCAACCUUUGGAGAGUAUCUACCAGGGGCAGCUGCUUUUGACUUCCCCUCCUCCCUAUGGUGGAGCAGCCCUAAUCUCAGCUCUCAACGUUGUAGAGGCCCUAAAUCUCACAGCAAGAGACCAGAGAAAGAAUACAUAUCACUGGAUUGUUGAGUCUCUGAGAGCAGCAUUGGGCAUGGGGAGUGGAUUAGGAGACCCUAGGUAUGACUCUGCAGUAUCUGACUCUGUGCUCGCUUUCUCAAGUAAGUCACAAGCUGCUGCUCUGUCUAAGAUGAUCAGUGAUUCUCAGGCCUACCCAGCCAAGCACUAUAAACAUUUCUCCAGCCUAAAGAGUGGAGCUGACGCUAGUCAAGUCAUCGUCAUGGGUCAGGAUGAUCUCAUUGUGUCAGCUGUAAGUACUCUGAAUAGGCCAUUUGGAAGUAAAAUCCUAACCAGUUGUGGAGUUCUCUUAAACAGCCAGAUCCUAGACUUUUCAUGGCCAGAUAAGACUAAGGACAUGAAUCAUUUCAAUUCACGAAACCAGAUCCAGCCAGGAAAAAGACCCAUGUCCUUUCUUACUCCCACUGUAGUGAGGCCUUUGUGGGGGAAAUGUGGGACUUAUGUGGCCCUUAGUUCCUCUAAUGGUGACUACAGCAUCAGUGGAAUCACCCAGGUGUUGGUCAACGUCUUAUCAUUCCACAAAAAUUUAAGUGACAGCGUUGCCUCAGGGAGGCUUCAUCCCCAACCAAAGACCAAAACUCUUCUUGUGGACACUGAAUUUCUUGAGCGGGAUGAAAAAGCACUGCAGCUGAAGAAUCACAGAGUUCAGAGGGUGGCAGCACUGUCUGUGGUGCAUGGAGCGGAGAGGAUAAAUGACAUUGUCAGAGGCAUAACAGAUCCACGAGAUAAAGAGGCUUCAGCCUUAAUGACUUCAGAAGCAUAA